UUUUAUUGAGUCGUCUUGUCAAAGCUGUCAAUUAAAAUGAGAGAGAAGAAAACAGCAGGGAGAUAUGGAGAGAUUGGUUCGAAUGAGCAAGCUCUUUAUUGUUAAUCAGUUUGUAGCCGAUUACUAAGCGAACCGUGUCAACUGAGUCAACUCGCGAGGAAUGUGUCUUUCGAGCGGAUAAAUAUAUAACAUUCUCUUACUUUUCGCAAUCAUUUCGUACUACUUCGAAUCGCGCAAACAUGAACCGCGCCACGAUUCUGCAGACAUCUCUGCUUUUACUAAGUUUAAUAUUUGUGUCCUUAGGACAAUGUGAUGAGUUUCAUUUGGAAUUGGUUCAAGUGCUAAUGAGACAUGGAGAACGGACACCGGCACUUAGAGAAAUGUAUCCUAAGGAUCUGUAUAACAUAUCGGUUUACGAGCCAUGGGGGGGUCUUGGCCAAUUAACUAACCAAGGAAAACGGACGGAAUAUCGAAUCGGCACAAUAUUGAGGCAACGUUAUGACCACUUUCUGGGAUCGAUUUAUUACCCGCAAGAUAUUUAUGCUGUCAGCACAAACCAUGAUCGCACAAAAAUGUCUUUACAAUUGAUGUUAGCAGGAUUGUAUCCUCCGGACUUAACACAAUUGUGGAAUCCGGAUUUACCGUGGCUCGCCAUUCCCACGUAUUAUACGCCUGAAAGAGUAGAUAUAUUACUCAAACCUUAUAAAUGUCCAGCAUACCGAGCAGCUUUUGCUGAAAUAAAGAAGACGAAAGAAGUCCGCGAUAAACUCGCAGUUUACGAAGAUUUCUACAAAUUUUUGAGCGAGAAAACUGGACUAAAUCUCGAAGAGCUACUAACGCUUUAUAAUAUGUUAACAGCACAAAAAAACAUGAAUUUAACUCUGCCGGAGUGGUGCACCGAUGAUGUGUACCAACGGAUCCAGGAUGUCGCCGUGUUGGAAUACGAGAUCCGCUCGUACACGACUCAGUUGAAACGGAUUAACGGAGGUAUGUUGAUCAGGAGAUUCAUCGAUAACAUGAACAAGAACGAGAAAUCCUUGAAACCGCGCAAGAUGUACGUGUAUAGCGGCCACGAGCUGAAUAUUGCGGCGUUUGCCAAGGCCCAUAAUAUUAGCAAGCCGAAAUUACCGGAUUAUGGAUCGGCGUUCCUAUUUGAGAAACUGCGGGAUGAUUCCGGCAAGCUGUACAUACGGAUUUUUCUCUGGACAGGCACGACGGAAAAGUUGAUAACUAUCAAGCUGACAGACUGCGACGAAACUUGUCCUCUGGAAACCUAUUUAGAACUCGUGCGGGAUGUAAUACCUUCGGACAAGGAGAUAACUUGUUUGUGGGACGAUAUAUCUAGAGAAGAACUGCUGGAUCUGUUUGCUGAAAGGCUAAAUUUGAAUUAACACACUUAAUGAAAUUUUAUAUACGAAUAUGAAUAAAAUAUGUAUCACAUACAUCAGUAAAUGGGAAAGGAUUAAAAUGGAUUAAAAUUUCUUAAUUCAUGGAUUGAAAUAAAUUUGGCCUCCGUGGAAA